CAGUGUUUUUACAUAACAUAACAUUGUGGACUCCCUGUGUGUUUAGUUCGUUACCAUAUCAACCAGGAGAACACAAGAACCUCAAAAAUGGCGGCCAUGGUCGAGCCUUCAGCACGGAUCGACACAACAGCGUCUGUGGCCUCGAGUUUCGAACAGUUGAACAUCAAAGUCAAAGAAAAAUCUAAACCAAAGCCAAAAGAUGCAAAUGAUCCAUUAAAAGUUCUUGAUCCAGCAAAGAAAAAGCUAACAUCWGUCGAGGCUCAACGAGUUCUCGCUGUGGUCGAUGAUACUAUCCGACGCGCUGAGGUUGUUACUUUACUGCCAUAUAUUACUGAAAACUUGGAUCGAUUCUCGGUGAUYUUAGGCGCAGACUUAACCCGAGUGCUACAGGAGCAUGACAUUUUGCAAAAUAAUUACAGAAAAUUACUGUCCAAGUAUGAACUUGAACARAAACGAGCACGUUCUUCAUCGCCACAAAAUCCUUCUCCAGUCCCUGGUCCUUCCUCGCGAAGAUCAAGUCUCGAAUCUGAAGAACUUGUUCCAGAACUUCAUUCUUCUCAAAAAUCAAGUCGUCGUAGUUCUAUUGGUAGUGCUGGUGGCUUAGCACAAAAAGUAACSACAUCAAGUGUACAAAAAAGUGUCCAUGAAGACGACACGAGCGAGAUUGACGYUGGUCGAAUUGCCAACUUGGGUAGUUUAGUGCAGCAGUCGAUCAGAACCGUUCUYCGCAUGUUUUCGCUAAACCCAACAGCAGUURUGGCGAUCAGGAAAGAGAGAAAGGAACGGUCAUUUGAAGCUAAUUCGAUGAUAGAUGAGCUUUCUUUAUUAAGAGCCAUCGURUUUGAAAGAUUGUUGACAACUCCUAACGAGGUUAAAGAUCGACGCCUUUACCUGACUGCCGUUAUGGAAAGAGAAAAGAAAUCAAAUGUGUUUGCCAAGAAACUAAAGGGAGAAUUACAGAACGCCAUUGAUGAUAGAGAUAACGAGAUAUCCAAGAGAAAUGAUAUGAUCAGAAGACUUAAAAACGACAUCUACAACAUUGARACAAACUCUGAAGAACAGAACCGUCGCAUCAUAAAUGAAGCAAGCAAACAAGAAAUGGCUGACGUCAAGAAUUCUGAUGGAAAGAGAGCAAAAUUAACACAAGAAAUUAUAGAAACAAGAAAACGACUUGAAGCAGAACGCACCACACACAGAGAAAGUGAGCUUGCUUUACGUAAGAGAAAAUACAAAAUUGAAACAGAAGUUGAGAACUGGAUCCAAAAGUUUGAUAGUGAUAUGGGGGAGAGACAGGAUGAGUUUGAUGCACUUGAUGCAGUCUACACUGAGGAAAAGAAGCAGCUUCAAGAACUAGAAGAACGUUUCAAAACCCUUGAGAAAGAAUACACAACRAUCAUUGAGGAACGCAGGAUUGCCAAGGAAAAGGCUGAAGCAGCUGAGAGAGAAUUAAACAUGAAAAUACGAGCAGCAAGAUUAAUCCAAGCAAUGUGGAGAGCACACAAGGCCAGAAAAUUACUCCAGAAAAAGAAGAAAAAAGGGAAAAAAGGGAAGAAGGGAAAGAAAAGUGGGAAAGGAAAGAAGAGAUGAAUGGAUGUCAUUUUCUUGUUAUUCUUAUCCUGCAAACACUUUGAAUGAAUGUAAAAAGUUAAUAUAAUCAAUACAUCGUGGGCCUUACUACAUGUUUAUAGGCAAUAGUCAACUUUUGGUUCGAUAUUUUGGUUUCAAUGACUACAUGUAUGUACAAAAGAACAUACACAAGGCUCCKGGAAGAUAAUGGAUAAUCUUGAUUUAUUCUUUUAUUUCCCCAGAGCCUCAUCUACAAUUCUUUCUGCAUGGUCACCGAACCAAAAUAUCUAAAGUCGGCUAUUAUUAUACAUUGMAAUGAAUGACCUGCAGGCAGCCCAACCAAAACUAGUGUUAUAUUCUUUACAACACUUUUGUUUCUGUUGCAUGCAGCAACAUGUAAGUCACACCUGAUGUUGUAAAAUCAUUUGAUAAAUGCCUUGUUUUGGUUGUACAACGGUGAUACUAUUAAUAUACUAUUAGAUAAAAUACUGUUUUAUAAUAAAAUCUAUUACAACUAG